UAUAGCAGAUUAUAAAAUUAGGGCAAAAUUCUAUAUAUUGAGUACAGUAGCAAGCUUGAACACACACCAAUGGCAUUAAUAAGCCUAUCAGAAAUCUUUCUAGCAUUUUUAAGCUUUGUCAUUCUUCGCUUUCUUUUAAAUACUAAUGGCCAACCGAUAAAUUGGCCGUUCGUCGGAAUGCUGCCGGAUACUAUCUUCAACUUUCACCGGAUUCAUGAAAGGAUUACAGAAGUUGUAGAGCAAGAUGGUCUCACGUUUUUGUACAAAGGACCUUGGUUUUCCAAUGUCAAGAUUUUAGCUACAGUGGAUCCAGCGAACAUUCACUAUAUAAUGAGCUCCAAUUUCCAAAAUUUUCCAAAAGGGCAUGAAUUCUCUAAGAUAUUCAACAUUCUUGGAGAUGGCAUUUUCAAUUCGGAUUACGAUUCUUGGAAGAAUCAAAGAAAGCUUGCUCAAGCAUUGAUUAAUCAUCGACAAUUUAACCGAUUCUUGGUGAAAACAUGUCAAAACAUGGUGGAGAAAGGGCUUGUUCCGGUUCUUGAGCACGUAGCGGAUCAAGAAUGCGUGGUGGACUUGCAAGAUUUGUUUCAAAGAUUUACAUUUGAUAUCACAUGCGUGUUGGUUACGGGAAUUAAUCCGAAAUGCCUAUCCGUCGACUUUCCCCAAGUCGAUUUUUCAAAAGCUAUGGAUGAUGCUGAGGAAGCUCUAUUCUAUCGGCAUUUCUGGCCAGAAAUUUCGUGGAAGAUACAAAGAUGGCUAGGGUUUGGUCCAGAAUGGAGAAUGCAAAAAGCUCACAAAGUUCUUGACGAUGUGACAGCCGAAUAUAUAUCAAGAAAACGAGAACUAUUAAAGGAACAGUCCGGUUCGGAACAAGAUGAAGAAGAAGGAGUUGAUUUGUUAACAUCAUACAUGAGUAACGAAGCCGGAAUUAACGGUGCAAAACCGGAUGAUAAGUUCCUGACAGAUACAAUUCUAAAUUUCUUACUAGCAGGAAGAGACACAACUAGUUCUGCCCUAACUUGGUUUUUCUGGAACAUUUCCAAGAAUCCAAAAAUACUGUCCAAGAUAAGAGAAGAAAUCAAAGAAAAAUGCUCCGUAUUCGACCCGAAGGAGCUAAACAGUCUGGUUUAUCUUCACGGAGCUUUAUGCGAAUCAUUAAGGCUAUACCCACCGGUUCCAUUUCAGCACAAAGCUCCUUUUCGUGAAGAUACACUACCAAGUGGACAUAAAAUCAAACCAGACACUAAAAUAGUAUUUUGCUUGUAUUCAAUGGGGAGAAUGGCGUCAAUAUGGGGAGAAGAUUGCUUAGAAUUUAAGCCAGAGAGAUGGAUUAGUGAAGGAGGGAAAAUAAAACAUGAACCAUCGUACAAAUUCUUAUCAUUUAAUGCAGGGCCAAGGACUUGUCUUGGGAAAGAAAUUGCAUUCACGCAAAUGAAGGCGGUGGCAGCUAAAAUUCUGCAUAGUUAUAAUUUUGAAUUAGUGGAAGGCCAUCAUGUGUCUCCGGAAACUAACUCCAUCAUUCUCCAGAUGAAAUAUGGCCUAAUAGUCAGGAUUAGCAAGAGAUGGGUUUAAAUUUAAUUUCGUGCAUUGCUAUGUCAUUCUUUCAGUGUAUAAGUGCAUGUAUUUAUUCAUUUUUCAUUUUUCUGUGGAAAAGAUGUGGAGUAAUUCUUCAUGUAAAAAUCCCAAUAUCCUUUUUAAUUAAUGUCAAAUGUAAGAAGUUCCAUUUGUAUUUUAUUACUUUUUUAAUUUAAA